AUGUACCACAAAAGUAUUUAUUUUUUCCUCUUUCAGAUUUUUUAUAGUAAAACUUCUCCAGAAUAUUCCAAUUUGGAAGAGCAUCAAAAGACUGUCCAUGGGGAUCGACAUAGUUUGACUCUGAAAGAUUUACAACCUGGUACACAAUAUUUAGUACAGAUACAAGCAAUAAUACAAGUUGGAAAGAAACGCUACAGAAGCACUAAAGAAUCAAUGCACAUGGUCACAGAUCCAGUGGAUGCCCUUCAUAUUCGGAGUCAGCACAAUAUUAAAGUUCAAAAUUUGACAGUAGGAACACCCUACUUCCAUAAAGGAAAUCUAAAAGCACAAGUAUACUGGAAUAUAGCUCCAGGCAAAGGCCACAAAAUUAGUAAAUAUUUGAUUUAUUGGCAAAGUACAGACAACUGUCAAAAACACAGUAAAAACUGGAAGCUUCUGACAAUGGAUGAAAAACAAGAAGCUUUCUCACGGAAUACUAAUUUUGAAUUAUACCACCUGAUUUAUGAUUGUCAGUACCAGGUGGAUGUUUCAGCAGUUAAUCUGGACGGUCAGCAAGGCGCCCUGGUGAGCACCAACUUCACAACACCCCCUUGUGAAGAUAUAGUUGUUAAGGGCUCUGUAGAGAUUGAAUGUCCAAUUGGAGAAUAUUACUCAACAUUUCUUAAUGCUGUGGACACACACACACACACUCUCUCUCUCUCUCUCUCUCUCUCUCUCUCUGAAAUGUUUAGAAUGCCAUUACCACCAGGGCGCCCUGCUAAGCCGACCUACCUGCUUCACACUAAUAAUGGCAUUAGCAUAGAAGUCUUAUGGAAACGGCCAGUUUCAUAUUACCCAAUCAUUCGUUAUUUGGUACAUUUGGUUAUGGUGGGCGAUAAUGUUGCUGACAAGGAACCUCCCAUUGUGUUGGGACUCAACUCUAACUGCACAGAGGUUGUUGUGAAUGCAACCAUGCCUGCUAACCAAACAAAGUUCCGAUUUAACAAUUUGCGGGAGAAUACUCAAUAUAUAGUUUUCAUUUAUGCUGACUCCAAAGUGGGACGGAGUCAACCAACAAAAAUCAGUGUAAAGACUCCAGUACUCAAAACUUACUUGUUGGAUACCAGUCCCAGAAAAUCAGACUUUUCAACAUCACAAAACCCUGAGGGAACUUAUGAUUCAACUUCAGCCCAACGUGGGGAUACGUGUUCAUUGUCUGUAAUGUCUGUGUAUCAGCUCUUAGUGACUGCUUCUCUCUUGUGCCUCUUGAUUCCUUGA